AUGAGUAGUGAUGUGGAUGGUGACCAUGUCACCGAAAAACGGCCACAGGCAGCUCUGGUGGUUGCCCUUGGCCUCAACCAUGCACUCUGCGUUACGAAAUCUGUGGCAUUAGGGGAGGCAAAUGCAUUUUCGACUGGACAUGACACCGUCAAAGAUGCCGAAUUCAAUCUGUAUUCUUGGGGAAAAGGGAAUUUCAACUGUAUUGGACAUGGACUCAAUACCAACUUGGCAAAAACACCCAAAGCCGUACCUUUCUUCAAACAGAAAAACGUUUUGCAAGUGUCGUGCGGGGAUUAUCAUUCUGCAGCUCUCGUGAUGCCACAUGGUGCAACGAGUGUCUCAGGCGGUACAGUAUACACGUUCGGCCUAGGCACCGCGGGCCGGCUGGGAUACGAUAUCGACGACCACGCACAGUCAUCGCAUAAUCUACCAUACAGCACAACAUCCGAUACAGAAUCGGCAUGGUGUACAGCGGAGCCGCAACCAGUCGGACUAUCGGUGAACCUCAAGCACAAUGUUAUUUCGCUUGCAUGCGGAGCCAACCAUACACUGGUGACAACGGUGGAUGGAUCGCUGUUCUCCUGGGGUAUGGGUUCAUUCGGCGUCCUAGGUACAGGGGAAAGCCACAAUAGCUACACCCCUGUCAGAGUGCGAUUCCCAUAUGAAACAUUCAUGACAAGUUGUGCUGCUGGAUGCCGUCACUCAUUUGGCGUCGACGAUGCGGGCAAACUGUGGGCAUGGGGAUAUGGAGGAAACGGCAGACUUGGAAUAGGGAAUACUAGGACGCAGUACACCCCCAAGAUGGUCGGAUCUCUAGAUGAACACCAAGUGAAACAGGCCGCGUGUGGUGACACACAUUCAGCGUGUAUAGAUAGCGACGGGAAAGUAUAUACGUGGGGAUCUUCAAAAGGCGGUAAGCUUGGGCGCAGAACCUCGGUAGAUGACGCGGUUAUACCUACCUUGGUUGAGGCCCUUGGUGACACGAAAGUAGUUCAGGUGGCAUGUGGUGCAGGCGUCACGUUGGCGCUAACUGAAGAAGGAUGUAUAUAUCAAUGGGGGCAUAUGCUGGGUUGCAUGUCGACGUCAGCCGAUGUGCCAAAAAUCGCACACGUUCCUCAGAAGGUCACGGAGGCCGGGUCGAAGAACGUAUAUAUCGCAGCAGGCCCAUAUAGCUGUGCAGCCGUCAACGCUUAUGGAGAUAUACUAACUUGGGGUGUCGGGAGCUGUUUCAGGUUGGGACACGGUAACGUAUCUGACUUCCAACAUCCCAAGUUCGUGGCCGAACUCAGGAGUAGGGUUUUCGUGGAUCCUAUAUUAAAGCAACGGUCGCAAACGCAAGAUGUACACAAAUCUGAAUCACCUCUCGAAUUGAAUGCCGCUAAUGUGGCUGAUGAAAGACGAAUAAAACAGCUCUCAGUUGGCACGGCCCACGGGGCGUUGCUUACUUGUAACGGAACUGUGUACACUUGGGGAGCUUGUAAAGGGAGCGGAUUUUCAGAUGAUACUGCAAACGCCGAGACGUACAACGAACCCAGGCCUCUAAACUAUUUCAGCACAAAAAUCAGAAGUAUCGCAUGCGGAUCUAACCACACAAUAGCGGUAACCAUCGAAGGACUGGUCUUUUCGUGGGGACAAAAUGACUCGGGACAGCUUGGAUUAGGUGACCUCAGGCCCAGGGGCUUCCCGGAGCACGUGAUAUCCCUGGAAUAUGCUAUAAAGGCAUUUGCAGGGUUCAACAAUAGCUGCUGUGUGACAACGGCGAAACACGACGGCUUCGAGAACGAUGAAGUGGGCAUGGCAUGGGUGUUUGGUUCCUCGUCUGGAGGGAAGUUGGGACUUGGGGACGAAUGCACGAAUGCUGUUAUAAUGACGCCGCGCAAAAUAACGUACAUAUCAGGCGUUUACAAGGUCGUGUUAGGCAAUACUCACUCGUUACUCCUGCAGCACGAUGGGACGUUGUACUCGACUGGGUCGGGAGCGGAUGGAAGGCUGGGAACUGGCGAUACGGCGGGAGUGAAUACAUUUACCUGCGUAAAAAGCGGACUUAAGUUUAUAGAUAUGGCUGUGGGCGCUUCUCACUCACUGGCCGUAUCUAUGGAACAUGAUCUUUACGGUUGGGGAAAGGGCGCCUACGUCAAUGGAAGCGAUGAUACUCUUGUCGAGCCGACCUUGGUUGCCAAUUUACCUAGCCAAUCGGGAGUCGCCAAAGUUCAUAGCGUGGCUGCAUCAUCGAAUCAUUCCUUCGUCAUCACGGAUCAAGGACACCUGAUCGCUUGGGGAGAUAACUCUUCAGGGCAAUUAGGGGUCCCUGUUACGUCUAAAGAUGUCGCAUCAACGGGUUUCAUUGAAAGACCAUCCUUGGUGACAAUCGAAUCCCCCGUUCUGUCUAUAGCAACGUCGCGGUCGUUCGCUGCGUGUACAACAGUCAACGGAGAUGCGUAUGCCUGGGGUACAUCAUCUGAUGGCCGCUUGGGAAUCGGUGAAACGCGUGACAAGGUGACUUACAAACCCACAGCUAUUGCCACUAUGAGUCUGGUCGGUGAUAUGUUGAACAGAUUUGACAACAUGACCACGAACAACGACCUGUCUGCGUUUGCGUUGACAGUAGAGUCGCUUAUAAAUGAAUUGCAUUUCACCGAGGACAAGAGUGUGGUGGAUUGGAAAAGCCUCCAAAUUAUUUUGCAAAACGAAGAGCGCCUAUGUUGGGAGUCGUCGUUGAAGUCAUUCGAGGACGAUCUUGUCAAGUGUUUGAAACACCAUGUAGACUUUAUACUCGAGCUGGACAGGUACCAUGGUGAAAUGAAUGCCCAGCAGUCCAAACUGGAGGCAGCCAUACAAGGGUUUAUAGGCAACAUUGGUCGCCCGCAAUCCCGUCCGCCGAGUUUGUUUGACAGGCAUUUUAAGGUGUACACGCAAUUGAUGCCGCAGAUACAGCAGAUUGUUCAAAUAGUAUUCCUACAACCCGCAUAUCUUGUUAGGCUCUGCCUAUUCGGGAACGCAAUCACAAUGGUUGAAGAUUUUGUUACUUGCCUUUAUGCCAGUAUGGACAAACCAAGGGUGCACAUGCAAUUCGUCGCCCUUUUGUUUACCCUGCUGCGUGAAGAGCUCCAACUGUGCUUCAAGCCACAUGCGCCACUAAACGCUUCAAGUUCCCCGUUUGCACAAAUGCUGAGGAUAUACGCAGCAUCCAAAGUUAUCUCUGCGCCUAACGCUCGCACAUUCUAUUCGUACGAGUUCAACGAGUCUUUUGCAACCUUCAUGAAGCAGCACCGGUUAGUGCUACCAUGUAAGGCGGCACCCAAUAGCGAGGAGCUGAACAACUUCACCAAAUUCCUGUUGCAUCUGAACAAGAUCCUUACAAUUAUCACAGUGCCAAGAUAUAUUAAACUGGCGUUCAAGCGGAUGCACAAUAUGGUCAAGUUCAAUAUCCCCUCGGGCUGGGCGCUUCCUAGCGUGCCUCUAGAAAACGUUUCCAUCUACCCAUUGAUACCGGUAUUCGUAUACUCCGUGUUACAGCCAUACUUCAGCAGCGCCGUAGAUAUGGCAGCAUCCCACGGAUACAACCUCGAUGAUGAAGCAGUGGUGUCUAACUUCACGACUGCGUCGCAAUUUUUUGAUUACAUUGCGAACCCUAGCCUUCGGAUGGAACCUCAUGCAUCUCAGGAGGUCAAUCGUAUGACAAUGGCGAUGUAUCGCAACGUUUCAAACAUGCUAUUGGAAUACAUCAAGACGUUAUUGAGUGUUGAGGACACGUUCAACAUUGACAUAACAAUGGAGACCUUCAAGUCCCAGUUCGAGCUUGAAAAAAUAAGCAUUGAAUUGCCAGGAUGGACGAUCGCGCAAUUCGUAAAUUGUUGCGCAACCAAGAUGAAAUAUCUCAACAUUUCGGCACAUGAUACACUCUGCAAAAUUUUGGACGGGAUGAUGCCGAAGGGAAACUACACGGCUAUAAACAACGUGUUCGGCGAAGAAAUUAUCCAAAAGCUGAGAUACCACAAGAUAAUAACCCCAGUGGAGAUUGAGCAAAGAUUUUUGAUGCACGACAAGAAUAUGUCAAUAUGCAAGUUCUCAGGAGUGUUCCUCCCACAGAGGCUUGCAUACCGCCAGACUACGUGCUCGGAGGACUGCAUUAAACUCAUGUCACUCAUCAUACGAUAUCGGCCCCUCGGCAAGUACGAUCCACCGCGCACCAUACAGAAUGCCCUCACAGAGUUAAAGCCGAUAGACAUGGCUCCAGGCGGGUUUGACAAAUUGGCCGUCGAGAUGGAUACACUGGCUGAACACUACAUUAAUAUGGGCAUGCCGAACCACGCCGCAGCUAGCCGGGCCAGAUAUGCAUAUGAGCAACUCAUGAAACUUCACGACAGCGGUGUUACACCGUGCGAAUUGGCUGAAACAAUACUUAAAAAGGUUCUGGAGAGGCAAGAACAGCGUAACUAUCUCUUACGCGUGUACAAAAGGCAGCGGGAAAUUGAAGUAUGCAAAAUCAAUUUUGAGGCUGCUUUUCGAGAGAGAUGUCAGUACCUUGCGCGUUGUAUCGAGCAUGCCACGAAAACAUACGUCGAACCGGCAAUACUCAACGCUGCUUGUGUAAAUAGGGUCUAUUUACAUAGUACCAAACUCGUGAAAUCUCCACCAAAGUAG